AUGUUACUUGAAAUUUUAUUUGGCAGUCAAACAGGUACAGCAGAAGAUGUUAGUGAACGUUUCUCAUCUAUGGCACAAUCGACAGGUGUUGAAUGUCGUGUUCAAUCAUUAGAUUCAAUUAAAUCUAUUGAAGAUCUUGGGACACAUAUUCUUUUUAUUGUGUCAACAACUGGUGAUGGUGAAGAACCAGAAAAUAUGCGUCAUUUUUGGCGAUUAAUCAUGAGAAGAUCAGUAUCACCAGGCACAUUAUCGCAUAUUCAUUAUGGUUUAAUUGGUUUAGGUGAUUCAACAUAUCCAAAAUUUAAUUAUGUAGCAAAAAAAUUAUCUAAACGAUUACAUCAAUUAGGUGCUCAAUCUAUAUGUGAAAGAGUUCUUGCUGAUGAACAACAUCCACAUGGUAUUGAUGGAUGUGUUGAUCAAACAUUUACAGGAAUAUUUUGGCAAGCAUUUGGUGAACUUAUUGGUAGAGAACUUAAACCACGUAUUGAUCAACGUUUACCAAGUAAAUACCAAAUACAAUGGAUUGAUAAUACUGAACAAGAUUUACCCAGUUUACAAUCAUCAGUGAAUACUCCUAAAAUUCCACCUGGUUAUUCUUCUAUACCUCUUAUAUCCAAUACACGUGUAACAUCCGAUGAUCAUUGGCAAGAUGUACGUUUACUUGAAUUCGAUACAGAUCUUCCAUAUAAAUGUGGUGAUGUUGCUGUUAUUCUUCCACAAUGUCCGUUACCAGUUGUUAGUCUUCUUGCUGAAUUACUUAAUGUACAAAAUAAACUUCAUCAAAAGUUUAUUGCUUCGAAUGAUGUAUCAACUCUAUCGAUGACCGUAUUAGAAUUAUUUCGUGAUUAUUUACAUAUAACACGUGUACCAUCACGAUCAUUUUUCGAAAAAUUAGUUUGGUUUUCUGAAGAUGAAAGAGAGCGUGAACGUUUAUUAGAAUUUUUAGAAGCUGGUAAUAUGGAUGAUCUUUAUACUUAUUGUCAUCGACCACGACGCACAAGCGUAGAAGUUUUACAAGAUUUUCCUCAUACAACAUCACGUAUACCAUUUGAAUAUGUUUUUGAUCUUUUUUCAUCAAUACGUCCACGUUCAUUUUCAAUUGCAUCAAGUCCUAAAAUUCAUCCUAAUCGAAUACAAUUAUUAGUUGCUAUUGUUCGUUAUAAAACAAUAAUUGCUCUCUAUCGUGAAGGUUUAUGUAGUAACUAUUUAUGUCAACUUCAACCCGGUACACAUAUUUUAAUGCGUAUAGCAACAUCAUUUAAUUUAAUUGAUGAUAAUCGACCUGCAAUUAUGAUUGGACCUGGAACGGGUGUUGCACCAUUUCGUGGUUGGAUUCUUGAAAGAAGUUUAAAUAAUGAAAAAUUAAAUAUGCUUUUUUUUGGUUGUCGUUAUCGAAAUAAAGAUGCUUAUGUUGAAAAGGAUCUUUUAAAAGAUACAAUUAAUCUUAUUUAUAUUCCUGCAUAUUCACGUGAUCAAGAAGAUAAAAUUUAUGUUCAACAUAAAAUUAUUGAAUAUGGUCAUUUAAUAUGGGAAUGGAUAUUACAUAAACAAGCACGAAUUUAUCUUGCUGGUAGUGCUAAACAAGUACCUGAACAAGUUUCUGAUGCAUUAAAAACAGUUUUUAUCAAUAAUGGUCAUAUGACAAAUGAACAGGCCGAUGAUUAUUUACAAGAAUUAGAACGUACAAAACAAUAUCAAAGAGAAACUUGGUCAUAA